AACGAAAAAACACUAUUCGACUCUUCUUUUUGUAAUAAAAAUAAAAUAAAAAUCGGAGAGAUAUAUUUCAUCGGAAAUUAUUUGACGAUCAACAGAUUUGUUACCUGAAAACCUAGUGGAGACGAUCGAGUUAUGGCGGAUAUUUGUUACGAAGACGAGACGUCUGCUUGUGAAUCGAGACCGUCGUGGUCUAGCCGGAAGUGGAGGAUCGGUGUUCAGCGAUUCAGGAUGUCUCCGUCGGAGAUGAAUCCCACGGCUUCGACGGCGGCAGAGGAGGAGGAGGAGAAAUCUCAGGGGAUUUAUAACAAGCGAAAUAAACAAGAAGAGUACGAUUUUAUGAACUGUGCAUCAUCAUCACCACCACCUUCUCAAAGCUCUCCUGAAGAGAGUGUAUCACUUGAAGAGAGUGACGUCUCCGUCUCCGAUGGAAAUUCAUCGGUUAAUGAUAUUACAGUUAUUCCUUCUAAGAAGACGACGGUUAAAGAGACGGAUAUGAGGCCGAUAUACGGCUUCGCAUCGGUGUGCGGGAGAAGAAGAGAUAUGGAAGAUGCGGUGGCGAUUCAUCCGUCUUUUGUACGGAAACAAACGGAGUUUUCUCGAACAAGAUGGCAUUAUUUUGGUGUUUACGACGGCCAUGGCUGUUCUCACGUUGCGUUGAGGUGUAAAGAGAGACUUCACGAGUUAGUUCAAGAAGAAGCUCUCUCGGAUAAGAAAGAAGAAUGGAAGAAGACGAUGGAGCGUAGCUUCACGCGCUUGGACAAGGAGGUUGUUCGUUGGGGUGAAACUGUGAUGAGUGCUAAUUGCAGAUGUGAGCUUCAAACUCCUGACUGUGACGCCGUUGGAUCCACCGCAGUUGUUUCCGUCAUUACGCCGGAGAAGAUUAUUGUUGCGAAUUGUGGUGACUCAAGAGCAGUUCUUUGUAGGAAUGGUAAAGCAGUGCCUCUUUCCAUAGAUCACAAGCCGGAUCGUCCGGAUGAGCUGGAUCGAAUCCAAGAAGCAGGAGGACGAGUGAUAUACUGGGACGAAGAAGUGGACAUGGAAGACGGCGAGGAGAAACUCAAACACAAACUCCGGGGAGGAGGAGUGAAGAAGAAGGGAAAGAAGAGGAGGAGAAAGUGGUGGGGUCAAGAAAGAACGGGAAGAAAGGAGAGAUCACGGACAAAGCAUGUACGGAGGCGUCAGUAUUACUGACGAAGCUGGCGUUGGCAAAACACAGUAGUGACAACGUAAGCGUCGUUGUUAUUAAUCUCAGAAGAAGAAGAAAGAGACACGUUGCUUGACACUAAUCUCAUCAUCACUCUUACUCCACCGUUUUUUGUUUGUUUAAAAGUGAUUCUUUUUCCUUGGGACGUAGGUAGCUCAGAU